AUGCAAGAUUCAUUUAUGUAUGCUAUCUUAAUCUUUCACACUACGAAUUUCAUCAUUGCUGACAACUGCAAGUUGUCGUUCGUUGGUUUCAUUCUUGAAGCCAUAUUUCGGGCAGUUCCUACUGCGAGCAAGAUUCUUGAGGCUUACAGGAAACCUCCAAUUUCAGGCUUUUGCCCUUUAACUGAUGAGAUGCGAGCAAUAUUGGAAGAGGCUGAUAAGCCUAAGAAAGAGGAAAGAAGAAAGAUGCGAAAGAAGGCAACUCGCAAGCCCAGAUCUCCAACUCCCAGUGAAAGCGAACGUUCGCAGUCUAACACUCAGUUAGACAUUCUCAUUGAAGUGGAUGAGCCUAUCCAAACUCAAGAAACUGCUGCAACUUUAAAUCCUGAGGUUUUGCAGCCUAUUUAUACAAAUCGAGAGGUAACCUUUCAGAUUCCUGUCUCAGUUCCUAUUGCUGAUGACUUCUUUGAUAAUUUCUCUAUUCCCUAUCCUAUUGCUACUAUUUCAACACCAAUUUCCAUUGCCCCAUGCCUACCUGUCUCAUUAGGUGUUUCGCAACCCCCACCUAUUUUCACCGAUUCUACCACCACACUAACAACAACUGUUGAGCCUCCUGUUUCUCUCAAUGCAUAUGAUGUGGGGGCAGGAGCUUCAUGUUUAGAUAUUGGAUUCACCUACAGUCAAUUCAACAUUAGGACUGAAAGUGAUGACGAAGCUCCCAUCACGAGAGCAACAGUCAAGUGCAUUCUUGAGACCCAUACAAAAGAGCACUCUGCUAACCUUGACAAGAUGAAAAAGGCGGUUGAUGCUUCUCCUAUAGUCUACAACAACACGACCGAAAAAGUUGAUAAACUAAUUAAUGAUGCACAAGUAUUCAUGGAGAACUUCCAAAGUUCCUUUGAGUCCAGCACUGUGAAGGCUAAUGAAGUCAUUUCUAGCCUGGGCCCAACACUGAAAACUGAGAAGGUGAAACUUCAAGAGGUUCACACUGGUCUUAAAUCUGAACAUGACGAGUUCCAGUCAUCCAUCUCCUCGCAAAUCACUAAGCUUUAA